CAGGCAGCCCGGUGUCCAUCUUCGUGUACGACGUGAAGCCUGGCUCCGAGGAGCAGACCCAGGUGGCCAAAGCUGCCUUCAAGCGCCUCAAAACUCUCCGGCACCCCAACAUUCUGGCCUACAUUGAUGGACUGGAGACAGACAAAUGCCUGCAUGUAGUGACUGAGGCUGUCACCCCACUGGGAAUGUACCUCAAGGCUCGAGCAGAUGCGGGUGGCCUGAAAGAGCUGGAACUCUCCUGGGGGCUACACCAGAUUGUGAAAGCCCUCAGCUUCCUGGUCAAUGACUGCAGCCUCAUCCACAACAAUGUCUGCAUGGCCGCUGUAUUCGUGGACCGCGCCGGAGAGUGGAAGCUUGGCGGGCUGGACUACAUGUACUCGGCCCAGGGCGAUGGCAGCCCCCCCCGCAAGGGUGUCCCCGAGCUCGAGCAGUACGACCCCCCAGAGUUGGCUGAUAACUCUGGCAGAGCCGUCAAAGAGAAGUGGGCGGCUGACAUGUGGCGUCUGGGCUGCCUCGUCUGGGAAGUUUUCAACGGGCCGCUGCCACGCGCUGCCGCCCUGCGCAACCCCGGGAAGAUCCCCAGAUCACUGGUGCCCCAUUACUGUGAGCUGGUCGGUGCCAACCCAAAGGUGCGUCCCAACCCAGCCCGCUUCCUGCAGAACUGCCGAGCGCCCGGCGGCUUCAUGAGCAACCGCUUUGUGGAGACCAACCUCUUCCUGGAAGAGAUCCAGAUCAAAGAGCCAGCUGAGAAGCAAAAGUUCUUCCAAGAGCUGAGCAAGAGCCUGGACGCCUUCCCUGAGGACUUCUGCCGGCACAAGGUGCUGCCCCAGCUGCUGACCGCCUUUGAGUUUGGCAGCGCAGGUGCUGUGGUCCUCACACCCCUCUUCAAGGUGGGCAAGUUCCUCAGCGCCGAGGAGUACCAGCAGAAGGUCGUGCCCGUGGUGGUCAAGAUGUUCUCGUCCCCCGACCGGGCCAUGCGCAUCCGCCUCCUUCAGCAGAUGGAGCAGUUCAUCCAGUACCUCGACGAGCCAACAGUCAACACCCAGAUCUUCCCCCAUGUUGUGCACGGCUUCCUGGACACCAACCCGGCCAUCCGGGAGCAGACGGUCAAGUCCAUGCUGCUCCUGGCCCCCAAGCUGAACGAGUCCAACCUCAACGUGGAGCUGAUGAAGCACUUCGCACGGCUGCAGGCCAGGGACGACCAGGGCCCCAUCCGCUGCAACACCACCGUCUGCCUGGGCAAGAUCGGCUCCUGCCUCAGCGCCAGCACCAGACACAGGGUCCUCACCUCCGCCUUCAGCCGGGCCACAAAGGACCCGUUUGCACCGUCCCGGGUUGCGGGUGUCCUGGGCUUUGCUGCCACCCACAACCUCUACUCGAUGAACGACUGUGCCCAGAAGAUCCUGCCCGUGCUCUGCGGCCUGACUGUUGACCCUGAGAAGUCUGUGCGAGACCAGGCCUUCAAAGCCAUCCGGAGCUUCCUGUCCAAACUGGAGUGUGUGUCAGAAGACCCCACCCAGCUGGCGGAGGCGGAGAAGGAUGUCCACGCAGCCUCCAGCCCUGGGGCGGGAGGAGCCGCAGCCAGCUGGGCCGGCUGGGCCGUGACAGGGGUGUCCUCGCUCACCUCCAAACUGAUCCGUGCACACCCCUCGGCUGCUCCUGCUGAGACCAGCAUUGCUCAGAGACCCGUGCCUGAGGGACUUCCUGCCCCUGCUCCCACCCCUGCCCCUGCCGCACCUGCACCCUCAAGCCACUGGGAGGCGCAAGAGGAGGACAAGGACCCAGAGGAGGACAGUGGCGCCGCGGACAGAUGGGAUGACGAAGACUGGGGCAGCCUGGAGCAAGAGGCUGAGUCUGUGCUGGCCCAGCAGGAGGACUGGAAUACUGGGGGCCAAGCCAGCCGAGCCGGGCAGGCCAGCAACCCAGAGCACAAAUCCCCUGAGUCUGACUGGAGCAGCUGGGAAGCUGAGGGCUCAUGGGACCAGGGCUGGCAGGAGCCAAGUCCCCAGGACCCAGCCCCAGAGGGCACUCGGCUGGCCAGCGAGUAUAACUGGGGCGGCCUGGAGCCCAGUGACAAGGGUGACCCCUUUGCUGCCCUCUCUGUGCGUCGGGAGGCUGCUACCCAGGGCAGGCCAAGGCCGAGCAGGCCAGGAAGAAACGGGAGGAACGUCGACGGGAGAUGGAGGCCAAACGGGCUGAGAAGAAGGCAGCCAAGGGCCCCAUGA